UACUGGUGAGCAUGAAAAUAUGUUUUUGUAAUGAAGCUUUGGCGCCACCUCCUCUUCCCCACUCCUUUCUCCCCUUUCAAACCCCACCCUCUCCACACCGCCGCUCUCCCCCUCCCCUCCUCCCCAAACCCUAACCAAACCCUAACCCUAACCCCGCCCUCCACCCUCUCCACUCUCUCCACCGUCCUCCGCUCCCUCCCCUCCGGCGCCGCCGCCUCCUCCUCCGCCGCCGCCGCCGCCGCCGCAGCCGCAGCAGCAGCACACGGCGCCUUCCUCAAAUCCGGCGGCCUCUCCUCCGCCGCGCCCUUCUGCAACCACCUCAUCUCCAUCUACGCCCGAUGCCGCCUCCCCGUCGCCGCCCGCAAGGUGUUCGACGAAAUCCCCCAACCGGACCUCAUCUCCUACUCCGCCCUCGUCUCCGCCUACGCCCGCAACGGCCUCGGCGCCGCCGCGCUCGCCGCGUUCAAAAAGAUGCGAUCUUGCGGCGUCCCCUUCAACGAGUUCACCCUCCCGACCCUCCUCAAGGCCUGCUCCGCCUCCUCCGACCUCCUCGCGGGGGCCCAACUCCACGCCCUGUCGGUAACCACCGGUUUCAAUCUCGACGUGUUUGUUGCGAACGCCCUUGUCGUCUUGUACGCAAAUUUCAGAAUGUUGGGAGAGGCCCAGAAGCUGUUCGAUGAAACUGCGGAGCGGAACGUGGUUUCUUGGAAUGGGCUGCUCGCGGGUUACGUGAGGAAUGAACGGUGCGAGGACGCGGUUAGGUUGUUUAAGGAGAUGGUAUUCAACGGGACGACGCCAAAUGAGUUUGGUUUCUCAUGUGUGUUGAAUGCCUGUACAGGCUCGCGGGAUUCGCAGAGCGGUUGGGAAAUUCACGGUCUCCUUACCAGGCUCGGAUACGAUUCGGACCCUUUCACGGCCAACGCGUUGGUAGAUAUGUAUGCGAAAUUGGGUGCUAUCCAGUAUGCCACAGUGGUUUUUGAGAGGAUCUGCGAGAGAGAUAUUGUUUCAUGGAAUGCUUUUAUUGCCGGGUGUGUUCUUCAUGGGCACGAUUACCAGGCAUUGGACUUGUUGUCGCAAAUGAAGGCAUCGGGAACAUUGCCUAAUGCCUUUACUCUUUCUAGCAUUCUUAAGGCUUGUGCGGGAGCGGGGAUGUUGGGUUUGGGCCAGCAAAUUCAUGGUUAUUUGAUCAAGGCCGAUUCUAGUUCCGAUGUGUAUGUGGGCGUCGGGCUUGUGGAUAUGUAUGCAAAGUCGAGUCAUUUGGAAGAUGCAAAAAGGGCUUUCAAUUCAAUCCCGGAGAAGGACUUAAUCUCAUGGAAUGCUCUCAUAUCGGGUUGCUCACACAGCAAUCGACAUGAAGAAGCACUUUGUCUAUUUAGUAAGAUGAGAAAGGAAGGUUUUAGUGUGAACCGUACUACAUUAUCAGCUGUUCUUAAGUCCAUGGCGAGUUUAGAGGUCAUCAGUGAGAGUAAGCAGGUUCAUGCGCUAGCAAUGAAAGAAGGUUUGAUAUCAGAUUCUCAUGUUGCAAAUGGUCUCAUUGAUGCAUAUGGGAAGUGCGGUUUAAUAGAAGAAGCAAAAAGAGCUUUUGAAGAAUGUCCACUUGAUGAUGUAAUAGCCUUCACAUCUAUGAUAACAGCUCUCUCUCAGGGUGGACAAGGGGAGGAAGCCAUAAAGCUUUUCUCCGAGAUGCUGAGAAAGAAACUUGAACCAGAUUCAUUUGUUGUUAGUAGCCUUUUGAAUGCUUGCGCUAGUUUAUCUGCGUACGAGCAAGGGAAACAAAUGCAUGCUCACAUGCUUAAACUGCAUUUUAUGUCCGACGUCUUUGCGGGGAAUGCUCUUGUUAACAUGUAUGCAAAAUGUGGAAGCAUUGAAGAUGCCAACUUAGCCUUUUCUUUAAUACACGAUAGGGGAGUUGUUUCAUGGUCCGCCAUGAUUGGAGGGCUCGCUCAACAUGGGCAUGGAAAGGAGGCAUUGAAUUUGUUCAGAAAAAUGCUUGCUGAAAGAGUGAGCCCUAACCAUGUAACUUUAACUAGUGUUCUUUGUGCUUGUAACCAUGCAGGGCUCAUUGAAGAGGCCGAGCAUUAUUUUGACUCGAUGAAAGACAUGUUUGGGAUCGAAAAAACUCAAGAGCAUUAUGCAUGCAUGAUCGAUCUUCUUGGGCGAGCUGGCAGACUAAAUGACGCAAUGGAGCUCGUAAAUAGUAUGCCCUUUGAAGCCAAUGCUUCUGUGUGGGGAGCACUUUUAGGGGCGUCUAGGGUUCAUGGGGACACGGAGCUCGGCAGAAAAGCCGCUGAGAAGCUUUUUGUGCUUGAGCCAGAGAAGUCUGGGACCCACGUGCUUCUUGCGAACACUUAUGCAUCAGCCGGCAUGUGGGAUGAUGUAGCUAAGGUUAGAAGGUCGAUGAAAGAUAGUGGAGUUAAGAAAGAACCCGCCAUGAGCUGGAUUGAGUUGAAGGACAAAAUUCACACAUUUAUAGUGGGAGAUAAGAGCCAUGAGAGGAGUACUGAGAUAUAUGCUAAGCUAGAGGAAUUGGGUGAAUUGAUGAACAAAGCUGGGUAUGUUCCUCUGGUGGAGGUUGAUCUUCAUGAUGUGGAAAGAAGUGAGAAGGAAUUGCUUCUUUCUCACCAUAGUGAGAAGCUGGCUGUUGCUUUCGGAUUGAUUAGUACACCACCUGGCACCCCUAUUAGAGUAAAGAAGAAUCUUCGAGUGUGCAAAGAUUGCCACACAGUGUUCAAGUUCAUAUCUAAGAUCGUUUCAAGGGAGAUUAUUAUUAGAGAUACCAAUCGGUUUCAUCAUUUCAGGGAAGGAGCAUGUUCUUGUGGGGAUUAUUGGUGAUGCUACAGAUUAAUUAAGAAAGAUUUACUCUGGAUCUUUGCUCAGAUCUUGAUAUAUAUUCUUGCAAAGACACUGAUACCUACGAGAUAUAACAGAUCUCUGUUAGUUCAGCGUGAAUGAACUUGGAUUUUACCCACUGAAUUUUUUCAUUUGACUUAAUAACUUAAAGAAGGUCCCUUUUGGGGAGGGGAAGCGAAUUGACCAUGAGAGCUUGGAUGUUUUCACUCAUAGCUUGGCAUUUCUUAUACCGUAGAAUUGUGUACGAUAGGCAUUUGAUUUAUUUUUGCAUUGGGAAAAGCAUUUCCUCAUGAGUAGCUAUUCUACUUGAGAGUUGUAAGUUGUUCUUAAAGUUAACUGUGCUAAAGAUUUCUGCUGCUACUGUUCAAUCAGGUUUCAAACUUGGGAGAAUCACAUCAAGCUUGUGAUUCUUGGAGUCAACUAGAUUAAAUUUGGCUGGAUGCGUCAAGCUUGGAUUAUGGGGCGGAAGGGGAGGAAAUCUCUGCGACAUCGAUGGUUACUCUAGACGCCUGUCGAAGAUUGUAAUUCGUAGCGGUCAAGCUAUCGAUUCACUAGCAUUUGAGUAUGUUCUAGACGGGAAGGCAUACGAGGCUGGCCCAUGGGGUGGUUCGGGAGGAAACCCCUCUCAGAUCGUAUUUGACUCUGGCGAGUACCUGACUGCAAUGAAUGGCACCACCGGUCCAUUCAACCAAGUUGCCAAUGUAGUGAGGUCGAUCGCUCACUUUCAUCACCAAUGUUCGCAAGUACGGGCCGUUUGGACUGGAGCAAGGAACUCCUUUCUCCAUUCCCGUGGCAAAUGGUCGAAUUGUUGGCUUCUACAGACGCUCCGGCGCGUAC